UGCCUUUAGCUGCUCAGGUUAAUGAUAAAGAGUUAGAGAUGGCUAAGGAGAAUACAGGUACAGACAACUUUUCUGAAUUAUCUGCUCCACCUGGCUUCCCUAUCAGAGCCUAUGCUAACCAGAACCACACACUUUGCCCAGAAUCCUCCUCUGUUAGAGACCAUGAGGUUCUACAAAAAGUCAAUGAGGAAGCCCUGCUUGGUAAGGAAGGUGCAAGGAUUUGGAAACAACACUUUGCUCCAAAACCUAACAGUGACAACAUUAUUCAGGAUUCUCAGGAACAUGUUGUGGAGACAUCAGAGGACAAGUGUGCUUCUGAAUCUAUGUCAGCCUCUUCUACCUCUGCUCUCCAUAAAAACAAGAAGAGGAAGGAUAACAUCCCCAUGGUGGAAACUGAGGUUCCAGACAAGGAGAUUCCAGGAGGUCUCCCCAGUAAGAGAUCUAAGAAAGGAAAGGGAGAAGGCCAGGAGAUGGAAGGUGGCAAGGGCACCAAGGAGAAGAACAAGAAAUGGCUCUAAAGCCAUUCCUGAGAGCUUGAGAGACUUAGUUCCUCUAUCAUACCUUUAUGUAUGCAAUGUGUCUGAUGUAUCUGCUGUCCUUGUCCCUUGUGAACAGUUGUUGGAGCACUUUUCAUAUGUUUAAUCUGAUGCAGA